GCAGCACUGCAUGCCACCUCGCCAGCGCUCUGCUCUCUGCCACCUCCCUGCUGGGUUCCAGGGACCACAACCCCUUCCCCCUCCCCUCCCCAGGCUGCCUCUCUGGUCAGCUUUCCCCCCAGCCCAACCUCUGGUCAUCGGUCCUCCCCUACUCUGUCUCCUAGCACCUAACCAGUACCCCCCUCUUUCCUCCACCUCCUUCCUGGCAGAACUUCUCUGCCACCCCCUCCCCCCCGACCUCCUCCCUAGGGUGGGCUCUGGGCAGCCCAGGUCCUAGGGGAGAUGGGGGAAGCUCUGCUCCUGGGCUUACUGCUUGUGCAACGGCUGUGGGUGGCUCCAGUGGAGGCUCCAGCUCCCGGGCCAGAGGUCCCAGUGGUGUGGGCUCAGGAGGGCGCCCCUGCUCGCCUCCCCUGCAGCCCCUCAGCGCCCCUCCAAGAUCUCCAGCGAAGAGGAGUGGUCACUUGGCAACAUCAACCAGACAGCGACCCGCCCGCGCCCGCCGCCGCCGGGGGCUCCGGGCCCCACCGCUACACCGUGCUCAGCGUGGCGCCCGGAGGCCUGCGCAGCGGGAGGCUGCCCCUGCAGCCCCGCGUGCAGUUGGACGAGCGGGGCCUCCAGCGCGGGGACUUCUCGCUGUGGCUGCGCCCGGCUCAGCGCGCCGACGCCGGCGAGUACCGCGCCACCGUGCGCUUGGGCCACCGCUCCCUCGUCUGCCGCCUCCGGCUGCGCGUGGGCCAGGCAUCGAUGACAGCCAGCCCCCCACGGUCUCUCAGGACCUCCGACUGGGUCGUUUUGAACUGCUCCUUCAGCCGCCCUGACCACCCAGCCUCUGUGCGCUGGUUCCGCGGCCAGGCCCGAGUCCCCGUGCACAAGUCCCCCUUGCACUACUGGGCUGAGAGCCUCCUCUUCCUGCCCCGGGUCAGCCCCUUGGACUCAGGGCCCUGGGGCUGCGUCCUCACCUACAGAGACGGCUUCAAUGUCUCCAUCUCGUACAACCUCACUGUGCUGGGUCUGGAGCCCCCAAAUCCCUUGACCAUCUAUGCUGGAGCAGGUUCCAGGGUGGAGCUGCCCUGUCACCUGCCUCCUGGUGUGGGGACCCCAUCUUUCCUCACUGCCAAGUGGGCCCCUCCUGGGGGAGGCCCUGACCUCCUCGUGGCCGGAGACAAUGGCAACUUUGCUCUUCGACUAGAGGCCGUGAGCCAGGCUCAGGCUGGGACCUACACCUGCCGCAUCCAUCUGCAGGGGCAACAGCUCAGUGCCACUGUCAUCCUGGCAGUCAUCACAGUGACUCCCCAAUCCUUUGGGAUCCCUGGCUCCCCAGGGAAGCUGCUGUGUGAGGUGACUCCAGCAUCUGGACAUGAGCGCUUUGUGUGGAGCCCCCUGGGCAACCCGUCCUGGAGGAGCGCCCCAGGCCCCUGGCUGGAGGUGCACGAGGCUGCACUGCUUUCCCAGCCCUGGCAGUGCCAGCUCUACCGUGGGGAGAAGCUCUUGGGAGCAGCAGUGUACUUCACAGGGCCGCCCAGGCCAGGAGCCCGGCGCUCUGGGAGAGCCCCAGGUGCCCUCAAAGCACCCCUCUCUCUCUCUCUCAUCCUCGCUGUCCUCUUGCUGCUCCUCUUGGUGACCGCAGCUUUUGGAUUUCACCUUUGGAGAAGACAGUGGCGACCAAGAAGAUUUUCUGCCUUAGAGCAUGGUGCUCCCCCUCCUCAGGCUCAGAGCAAGAUAGAGGAGCUGGAGCUGGAGGCGGAGGCAGAGCUGGAGCCGGAGCCAGGGCUGGAGACCCAACAGGAGCCAAGGCAGCUCUGACAGCCGGAAGUGGCCAGAUCUCGGCUGCUCCCUCCAAAUAAACCCCCUGUCAGCAGCAAGCCUGCCUGUGGCUCUUUCUUGUCCAGUGCCGGUUCCUGUCCCUUCCCCGCCUCUGGGGGCUCCCUUCUCCCACCCCAGCCUCCUAACCUACUUUCCCCAGCCAGUCUCCUCCUCUUCCCCCUUUUUGUUU